AUCUCAAAGUUUGUGUCUGGAGCAGUAGUGGAAAGUGAGCUUAUUGAGAAGGGCUUUUCUUGGGAUGAGUACUGAUCUCCUGCCUUUAUUUUGGAUACACACCCUGCUCUAUUCUCCUCAGCCUUCGGUCUGAUCUCUAGACAGUCUGUCUCCUCUGGGGAUUCUCAGGUCUCCGAGGACGCUGAACCGGAGCCCUUGGCAAUUCUCUCUCAGGCAGAGGAGCGAACGUUUUCCUUUCUAAGUGCAUAAGCUACACGCAUACGCACACACACGCACACACACUCACGCAGAGGCGGAUCUCGCCCUCCGAGGCCGCCCUACCCGCUCCCCUCCUGCCCUCAGCAUCCUCGGCCCAGCGCGCCUCGGACCACCAUGGAGGUGCUGGAGAGCGGGGAGCAGAGCGUCCUGCAGUGGGACCGCAAGCUGAGCGAGCUGUCAGAGCCCGGAGAAACCGAGGCUCUCAUGUAUCACACGCACUUCUCGGAGCUGCUGGAUGAGUUUUCCCAGAACGUCUUGGGCCAGCUCCUGAACGACCCUUUCCUCUCAGAGAAGAGUGUGUCGAUGGAGGUAGAGCCGUCCCCAACGUCCCCGGCGCCUCUCAUUCAGGCUGAGCACAGCUACUCCCUGUGUGAGGAGCCUCGGGCCCAGUCACCGUUCGCCCACGUCACCGCCAGUGACAGCUUCAAUGAUGAUGAAGUGGAGAGUGAGAAAUGGUACCUGUCUACAGACUUUCCAUCAACAACCAUCAAGACAGAGCCAAUCACGGACGAGCCGCCCUCAGGACUAGUUCCGUCUGUCACUCUGACCAUCACUGCCAUCUCUACCCCUUUUGAAAAGGAGGAACCCCCUCUGGAAAUGAACACUGGGGUUGAUUCCUCGUGCCAGACAGUUAUUCCUAAGAUUAAGCUGGAGCCUCAUGAAGUGGAUCAGUUCCUAAACUUCUCUCCUAAAGAAGCCUCCGUGGACCACCUGCACUUACCGCCCACCCCUCCCAGCAGCCACAGCAGCGACUCAGAGGGCAGCCUGAGCCCCAGCCCGCGCCUGCACCCCUUUGGCCUGCCGCAGACCCACAGCCCCGCCAGGGCCCCAGCGCGGGCCCCCUCGGCACUUGCCAGCUCCCCACUCCUCACCGCACCGCACAAGCUGCAGGGAUCAGGCCCCCUGGUCCUGACGGAGGAAGAGAAGAGGACCCUGAUCGCCGAGGGCUAUCCCAUCCCCACCAAGUUGCCCCUGACAAAAUCAGAGGAGAAGGCCCUGAAGAAAAUCCGGAGGAAAAUCAAGAACAAGAUUUCUGCCCAGGAAAGUAGGAGGAAGAAGAAGGAAUACAUGGACAGUUUGGAGAAAAAGGUGGAGUCUUGUUCAACGGAGAACUCAGAGCUCCGGAAGAAGGUGGAGGUUCUGGAGAACACCAACAGAACUCUCCUGCAGCAGCUGCAGAAGCUUCAGACUUUGGUGAUGGGCAAGGUUUCUCGCACCUGCAAGCUGGCUGGCACACAGACUGGCACCUGCCUCAUGGUUGUUGUGUUAUGCUUUGCCGUUGCAUUCGGCACCUUCUUUCAGGGCUAUGGGCCCUAUCCUUCUGCCACCAAGAUGGCCCUGCCCAGCCAGCAUUCCAUGCAGGAGCCCUACACAGCCUCCAUUGUGAGAUCCAGGAACCUGCUGAUCUAUGAGGAACAUUCUCCCCUGGAGGAGCCAUCCAGUUCGGCCUCGGCUGGGGAGCUUGGGCGCUGGGACAGAGGUUCCUCCCUGCUCAGGGCAUCAGGGCUGGAGUCCAGGCCUGACGUGGAUCUUCCCCGUUUCAUUAUAUCAAAUGAGACCAGCCUGGAGAAAUCAGUGCUGUUGGAGCUGCAGCAGCACUUGGUCAGCACCAAACUGGAGGGGAAUGAAACACUAAAAGUUGUAGAACUCGACAGAAGAGUGAACGCCACCUUUUAAAGAGACCGUCGCCACCUCCCUCUAUCUCCUCACUCUACCUUUAUGUCUCCAAACCGCCUUUGUCAUAAGCUUUUCCUUUUUGCCACCUGAUCUUGACCGAAGACCUGGAUGUGCAGUCAUGGCUUUGGAUACGAGGACAGCCUGGGAUUUCCACCCACGGUGAGAGAGCGCCUCCCCCCGGUCCCACGUCCCUCCCUGCAGAAGGGAGCCCGCUUCUCUCCCUCCCUGUUGCUUACUGCCAUAGGAAAUUAUCUUAGGGUCAGGGGUGGGGCAAGCAGGCUUGUUUGUACCGACAGUGCCAAAAAGAUACUGCCUGCUUCUCACCGGGGUGGGUGUGACCGCCUCUUUGAAGAAGAGCUGACGCUUGUUCGUUCAACUCGAGCCACAAAAAUACCAGGAUGCCUGUUGGAAUCUGGCAAAGCACCGACUGACGUCCUGCCUUUGCUCAGCCUGGGUCUCUCCUGAUGCUCUGCGCUGAGCCCCCGCUGACUGGUCCUCCGGCCCUGGAGCUGGAGCGAGGCGUCCCCUUCGUACUCUCAGGCCGCAAGUGCAAUGCCUGAAGGAAUCAGGCUUUUCUACUCCAGGCAAACCUGCCCCAUCAUGUUGCUUGUAGGAUUUCUCCACAAUCUGUGUCCCCACACGCCCCUAGUUCUGCCUCCUUGGCUUCUCCUCCCCAUUUGUAAAUAGUAUUUAUUAGCUCGCUGAGGCUUCCCUGGGCAACCACACUGAAGACAUCCGGACGCCUCCCUCCAAGCUAGCAAAGUCUUCUGUUGGCCUUUGGAGCGAGGAGGGUACCCUAGGCUCUGGGAUCCCCAAUCUUUCCAGGCCAUGUUUUGCUUUCUUUUCUUCUUUUUUGCUGGAGCCCUGUAAUUAUAGUUGGGAAAUCUCCCUAAGCAUGUGUCCUCCUGUAGAAUGAACUCACAGGGAAAGAUGGAGCAGUGCCUCGCUCGGGUCUGGGGCUCUGUGGAUAGAUGCUUUUUCUGUCCCAUACCCAUAACAGGGAAGGGAAGCCCUGUCCCUGACAGCAGGCGUUUCAGACAACCCUGCUAGCUUGUCUUUCUCCACCUCCCCUGACACUUCUGCUUUCCCCCUCCUCUUCUGCCUCAACACAGGAGGUGAGCCUGAGGCCUGUUCCUGGGGUCAGAGUAGGUGACAUUUGUGUAUCCACAGUCUUACCUUUUAUAGUCAGGUUUGGCUACUUUGCAGCUCACCCAAAGAGACACGACCUAAUCCCCCAACCUGCUCUUAUUUUUUUUAAUGAUUAAAAGUAACUUUUGUAGUUUAAAAAAAAACUUUCCUCUUUCAUACAAAUAAGAAAUGGAAAUUGACUUUUUACGGUAUAAUGUAGAAGACUCCCCUUAAGUGUUUUUCCCUAGCUUGUAAAAGAUUUCGUGUAAGAAAUUUGCUCACGUUUUGUAUUUUAUUUUUAGUAGCAGCUGAAGCACCCUUGGCUUUAACUCUCACUCUGGCUCCGUUUCUGUCUCUCAUCUACAUUGUCAUUGGAACCUGUACUUAGAAGAGAUUAAGCUAUACCUGGGCCUUCUGUUCCAUAGCAGACACAGGAUUUGGUGUCAUUAGCAUUUGCCGUCAGACCUCAUAAGCAGAUCUGGUACCUUUGGGGCUCACCGUCAGUGAUUCCUCUCUCCCUACUGUGAUGGAGAGAGUUCUGGCUGGGAGACAGCCAAAUUCAUCUUCUUAGCACUGGUGUAAAGCUGGAUCAGGAUUGCAGUGGUCCUGGCAGCCCUCUCGGUCCUCUGCACGCCUCUCACUGUCCCUUCCAUUGGCCGGGGAGGGCUGAGACCGGCUGGGCUGUGCAGGAGGAAGGUUGCUAGCAUGCGCCCUGCUUCUGUUUCUCUCUACCUUCUCCUCUCCUUCUCUUCUGCUCUAGACCCUCUUGGGCCUGGCUGGUGUCUGCUAACCAUGGGCCACUACUGAACCAUCCCUCUCUUUAAAAUGUCAUGUAAUUAUCAGACACAGGCAGCCUGUGUGCAUGGGGAGGGAGAGGGCGGCUAAGAAGGUAAGAAUAUAGAAUUAACUCAAGUAGUAUUUGGACGAUAAGAAAGGCAAGCUUUUGUAUGUCAGUGGGAGUGGGUCAGCUUACCCACCUGACGCACUGGAACCAGAUCGGGUUUUUAAGUCUCCUGGAUUAGGCUGAGUAGAAAACCAGCUCUUCUGAAGAAGGAGGGAGAAGGAAAAGGGCAGCAAACUCCGAGCGCCUGUCUUUAGUGCCUUGAGGAUUUUAUUUCCUCCCUGACCUACCCUUGCUUGACGUCACUGUCUCCAGCCCUCCAUACAGCAGGGCUUGAUCUCUGGGAAACCGUUCUUCCCACAACUGAAUCUGUGUCUAGAGACCAGGGACCUCAGCGUGAGAGCUCAAAUGGCCAUCGUAAGGGGAUCCAAGGACCAACUGCUGCUAUUAUGAGAAAGACCUCUGCCCUCUACUCCUUGCUUGGGUGAGUAAGGGGAACUAAACAGUUAUCCCUUUAGGAGGACGUAAUGGAGUCAAGAGGAUGCAGAAGAGUUGGAUAAUACCAGAUUGGUUCCAAAUAGUUAAUGGGUGUGUGCACCUUUUCUGUUCCAGAGUUAAGCCCACAAUGUCAGUGGAUUUGUUUCCCUCCCCAGAGCCAUCCCAUAGAUGAGUCAGUAAUACCUGGUUAGCCCUGAAGGUGUCAAACAGUGGCAGCCUUUUGGUUUCUGAACCUCAGUUUUGGAAAAUAAGAGACUGUUAGCACAACCAUCAAUCAUAAAGAAUCAAUGUUAAUGAUAAACAUAUUAAUAUAUUUUUCAUUAUGUCAACAGCUUUUCCUCUUUCCUUUCUUUGAUUAGCUUAGUGGAAGAGAUGUCUUUCAAAAGUUCAGAGAACACGUACUUUUUUACUGGGUGAGACCUGAGUAACCCAGACCCCCCAGUGAGGUUCUAUUCACAGCUCUUGACUUUGCACUUAGAAAUGGAUACUGUAAAUGAAAGGCCUCAGUACCAGGUUUAAGAAAGAAUUUCUGUGAAGUGUUAGGACUCUGGAGCCUAGCUCACAUAAAGGGAGUGUUAUAUAAGAAUCUGACAGCUGAACUAGGUUGCUCCUUUUGGACAGGGGGUGGGGAUGAGGUUUGACACCAGUACAGGCAGAAUUAGAUAACCUUUUUAUGAAUAUAAAUGAUUUUGAUUUAAAGACCUAAUUUGUAGAUUGUGAAAGCGGCUUUUAGCUCAACUUAUUUACAAACCAACUGUGAGUACCAUGUUUUUUUCUUCCUAAAUCUCUCGGUUUAGCCUGAAUGCCGAGAGAGGGCUGUGACUCUCGUGUGCCCUGGGAGCAGGGGUCUUGCAUUGGUUCACCUUUGUUCUGGCAGUGAGUCACUGUCCAGUGACUCACUGAGGUCCCCGCUGAGGACCCACUGGUCCCCGCUGAGGACCAGUCAGCGGGGGCUCAGAAUUUUUGACAGACGUGUUUUAUUAAAAUUUUUUUAGCACUUUGUGCCUCCUUCCUCCUCUGUCCUCACACCAAGCAAAAGACAAGGGUCAGAGGCCCUUCAGGGGCAGCUCCUCCGAACACACGUGUCACGUGAGCACGUUGCACACUCAGAGACCUCCCUCUCCCCGUCGAGGAGACAGAGCGUCCGUGCCGGCCUUGCUAACGUGGGGAGAUGGGAGACGAGGAGAAGGCAUUGGUCUCCCCCUUCUCUGCCAAGAGCUCUUGUCACUAGUUCGGUUCUGUUGAACCCAGUCUUUGAGGAACCUUUAUUACAGACACCAGCUCUCCUGCUUGCAGUGCAGGCAGGACCUGUGAGACAGACCAGUAGCAGGUAGUGCCCUGGUCGGAGUCAUUUUCUUUGAAUGCUUUUCAGCUGAGACAAUUAGGAGACGUGAUCGCAUAAGCCCUUCUGGGAGGGCAGCUACAGGAGAGAGUAGGGGGCUGUGAAGCAGCAAGAGACAGAGUUCAGAUUUUUCAUUCAUUCAUUGAGUCAGUCAUUCACUCCCAAGGAAGAGUGUUGCAGAAGGCCCUAGUGAAUAUUGGGGAAUAAGGGGACGGAGGAAGCUUCAUUAAUCAAUAGCUCUUCAAAAGACCCAUGUGCCAGCUCGCUCUCUCUCUCUCUCUCUCUCCCUCUCUCCCUCUCCCUCUCCCUCUCCCUCUCCCUCUCCCUCUCCCUCUCCCUCUCUCUCUCUCCUCUCUCUUCCUCUUGCGCAGGUACACGCACACAUGCACACUCGCACACUCGCACACACGUUCCUCCCUCAUAUUGGACACUCGUUUGUGUCUUACAUGUGCCUUAUAUUUGAAUCCAGGAUGACUGAGAACUACCUAGGGGCUGGGAGAUUUUAUAUGCAGCUUUGUGGUACUAGACUGAGGUGGACAUGGGAAAAGGAACUUCUUCCAAAGGCUCAAAAAUGGUUUCCUAAAAGUGAGCCAUGAUCAGAUUUGCACAUCAGGAGCAAAGGAAGAGUUAUGUCCAUUAGGAAAAUCCCAUCUUGCAGAGGUGCAAUCACAUCAAAAAAUGGCCAGCCGGGAUUAAAGGUAUUAUAAAUCCUCAGAGCAGAACACUUUCUCAGCUCAGAGGAACCUGACGCAUUUGAGGAUUAAGGCUCCAUGUCUCCGUGGACAAAGGGUCAGCACCUACCACAGGACAAGACUAGGUAUUGUUUCGUUUUGUCCUUUUGGGCAACAUAAAAUCUGGGAAUGCUUCAUUUUGUCUUGGUUUCUAGAAGGAAGGGAAAUAAUAAUUCUCGAGCACCUACUAGAUGCUGGGUGCUGUGCUAAAUAAGUUAAUUUUAUAGAAAGAGAAAACAAGGGCAACGAAUUACUAUGAGAUGGAUAAACAGCUAAGCGAUAUGGAAAGUGCAGCAAUUUGUGGGUCAGGUUGAGCAGAUCUCUUUCUGCGCGAACACGCUGUAAACUUCUAAGGUCCUCUGGGCAGGGAAUGCAGUGCCUACUCCCUAGGCUGGCCCUGCUGUGUAAAGUUCAGGUUUUUGCCUCACGCUGGAGAUGUUCAUCUCCUGUCCGGUUCAUGCAGUCGUCUGUGAGCUCCAGCUAGCAGCCUUUGCAUCCUGGAAAAGCACCACGAGCGGUUUUAGCUGUUUCUCUGUUCCUCUUCCUUACGCACUAGCUGGCUGAGAACAAUGAACUUUUGGCACCGUGGACCCAUGGCCUAUGCUGUUCAGCAAAUCUCCCUUUCAGAUGAAACACUGUCUGAGUCUAUGAAAAACACCAGCUCUCUUUGACAAAUUGUGAGCCACCCUUUUUAAACAAUGCUGAGCAGACUCCAGACUAUAAGAAACCAUGAGCUUUAAUGUCUCUGCUGACAGGCUGGGCUUUGCUGUCUUUGGUUACACGUUAUACAGACCAGCAGUGUUUAAGUCUGAAUACAUUGUGAGUCUAUUAUCUGUCAUAUCAUGCUGUUUUUUAUGGCUUUUUAUUCUUUAUCAUAGCUAAGUAAAUACCAAAAAAAGUAAAUGCUUUGUAGGAUACUUGUAUUUAGUUUGGAAAAAAAUGAAUGGAAAUUGUUAUGCUUUUGUAUUU